GAGAGGGACUGUGAUGGGCGUUGCCCCGGCAACUGUAAGUGCCAUGGUGACACAUUUUGGUUGUCGGCACAGCGACAUUGUGGUGGCGGUGGGACCAUCUGUGGGGGUGUGCUGCUUCGUGCUGGACAAAGAGCAGGCGGCAGACUUUAUCACCCUGCAUCCAGACUGUGUACCUGAUCCAGAGUCAGCUAAACCGCACGUGGACAUCCGCCUCGCCAACAGAGUUCUCCUGGAGAAAUGUGGCAUCCUCCCAGAGAACAUCCAUGACAACAUGGUGGCGGACCGGCCCUCUGUGACGCCCUGUACCUCCUGCAAUCCAGAUGACUUCUUCUCCCACGUCAGAGACGGGGUCAACUUUGGCACUCAAGUGGGCUUUUUGUGGAUCAAAGAGACCAAAGGACAGGAUGGAGAUCCAGGGAGCCAGACAAUCGGAAAGGAAGGAUCCUAAACAAACAAAAACACUGCAGCCGCAGUCUCCUUUGACUCUAACAUGAUGGAUUCAUGUUCCAGUAGCGAGUAAAGGGAAUCUGACUUUAUCCUUUGAAAACCUGCAGAGCAGGAAAACCCAGUA